AUGCCUCUUCCCUUCGACUUGUGUGCGCGAAUGCAAAAUGCGUUUCGUGCGCGCCACCAGAAUAUUUCCGUCGAACAUACCACACAAAAUCUCGGAAUCCUUACUAUCCUGCUGCGUGCUGGAUUCAUAUCUAAUCUGACAAGAGGCACAAUUGAAGCACCUUCGCCUACACAAUUCCAUACCGUGCCCUUGCAUCAGCGUCGAAUAUGGGCCGACCUCAAAUAUCGCGAUGACCGUCCUGUGCUGAACCACAUGGAACUCAUCAGCAAGCCCAGCAAAAAAAUCGAGAUGGAUUUGUCGGAAAUCAGGCUGAUAUGUUCUGGGAGGCGAGCGAAGACAGUGAAGCCUUUGGGAAUGGGUGAGAUCGCUGUUGUGAGGACCGAGAAUCCAGAGCACAAAUGGCUCGAGGCACGGGAAGCACUGGCCUUGAAGCUGGCUGGUGAGGUCGUCUGUCGGGCUGGGUGA